AACGAAGCUUGCAAGGGAAUUUUCAGAAGGGUAAAUCCGUAAUAGUACCAAAUCGUGGCUCGAUUGCGAUUUCCAAAUUCUUGAAACCCUUCCUCUAUUUUAGUUUCCCUCUCAAAAGGAUCGUAAAGUUUCCACCUUUCACUCUAGGGCUAAUCUCAAAUCCUUCAUCUUCUUCAACUUCUGAUCUCUGUAGAAUCAAACCAAUCUGUUUUCGUCUUCCCAUCUUUCCUCAAUUUCAGAUUCAUUCAUAAAAAUUCACCAUUUUCCUUCUCGAAUUGCUUCUACUGAUUAUCCAAAUUUCUUGGGUUUUCUUAAUCUGUAACGAUGGAGGUAAAUUUGACGGCGGGAGCAAUCGGGAAGAUAAUGAGUGGAGAAGUGACGACUGAGGCAGAUAUGAUGCCGGUGCUGCAAGUGACGGAAUUGAAGCAGCUUAAGGCUUAUCAAGAUCCAACGAAAGAGAGGUUUAGGAUGGUUUUAUCAGAUGGGAGUCACUUGCAUCAAGGUAUGCUCGGAACUGAUCUCAACGAUCUUGUCAAACAAGGGACUCUUCAAUCCGGUUCCAUUGUUAGACUUACUCAUUUCUUCGGUAAUGUCAUCCAGACUCGAAGGAUUGUUAUUGUUCUGCAACUGGAGGUGUUAAAACCGAAUUCUGAUAUAAUCGGGCAUCCUGUUCCAGGAGGAAAGCAUAGUGAUCAACGUGGAGCAGAUUCUGGUGUUAAGUUAAAUACAACUGGUUCUGAGCAACGGGGUAGUGGUGUCAGUCAAGUUAACAAUAUCCAGACAGGGAGAAGUAAUGCAGCUAUUUCACCUCAAGUUGAUCAAAGGCCAGUGUUUGGUACUGGUUCUAGUGUUCCUGCAUCAACAACGCCUUCCACUCGGGUAGACAGCAAUCCGUCAGCAAGUCAUGGAGUCCCUAGGCAGGACCAUGCUCGUGAUCCUCCAACCAGUUAUCCUCGUCAGCCUCAACCACCACCACCGAUGUAUGCAAACAGGGGACCAGUGGCAAGGAACGAAGCACCUCCUAGGAUAAUUCCAAUUAAUGCUCUUAGCCCGUACUCGGGUAGGUGGACCAUCAAGGCUAGAGUCACGAAUAAGGCAGCACUUAAGCAAUACAAUAAUCCCCGUGGGGAGGGGAAAGUGUUCAACUUUGAUCUUCUCGAUGCUGAUGGUGGAGAAAUACGGGUUACUUGUUUUAACGCUGUGGCUGAUCAAUUCUUUGACCAGAUUGUUGUUGGUAAUCUUUAUCUGAUUUCGAGGGGAAGUUUGCGGCCUGCUCAAAAGAACUUUAAUCAUCUUCCCAAUGAUUACGAGAUCAUGCUGGAUAAUGCAUCAACUAUAAAACAAUGCUAUGAGGAGGAUGCUGCAAUUCCGCGCCAUCAGUUCCAUUUCCGUACCAUAGGUGAUAUUGAAGGCAUGGAGAAUAACAGCAUCAUUGAUGUAAUUGGUAUUGUGUCAUCUAUCAGUCCUACUGUAACAAUUACGAGGAAAAACGGAACUGCAACACCGAAAAGAUCACUUCAGUUGAAGGAUAUGUCAGGCCGAAGUGUCGAGGUAACUAUGUGGGGUGACUUCUGCAAUGCAGAAGGACAAAGGCUGCAAAAUCUUUGUGAUUCUUGUGGGUUUCCGGUUCUUGCUGUUAAGGCGGGCAGGAUCAGUGAAUUUAACGGAAAGACAGUGAGCACAAUUGGAUCAAGUCAACUGUUCAUUGACCCAGAUUUUGUUGAAGCCCACAAACUGAAGGACUGGUUUGAGAGAGAAGGAAAGAGUGUCCCUUGUAUCUCCUUAUCUCGGGAGUUUUCCGGCAGUGGCAGAGUAGAUGUUCGUAAAACAAUUUCUCAAAUUAAGGAUGAGAAACUAGGGACCUCAGAAAAACCAGACUGGAUUACAGUCAGUGCCACAAUUAUAUACAUGAAGUUUGAAAACUUCUGCUACACAGCUUGUCCUAUCAUGAAUGGUGAUCGUCCAUGCAGCAAAAAGGUAACAGCCAAUGGAGAUGGCACAUGGCGGUGCGAAAAGUGUGAUAAAAGCGUCGAUGAAUGUGACUACAGGUAUAUACUGCAGCUCCAGAUACAGGACCAUACGGAUCUUACUUGGGUCACAGUAUUCCAGGAGGCUGGUGAAGAGAUAAUGGGCAUAUCUGCUAAAGAUUUGUAUUAUGUGAAGUAUGAACACAAUGAUGAGGAAAAAUUCGAAGAUAUCAUCCGUAAGGUUGCUUUUACCAAGUACAUCUUCAAGCUGAAGGUAAAAGAAGAAACAUUCAGCGACGAACAGCGUGUGAAAGCAACAGUUGUGAAAGUGGACAAGCUAAACUAUUCAUCAGAUACAAGGACUAUUUUAGAUGCCAUAGAUAAACUCAAGACUGGAGAUGGAAGUUCUCUUUCCAUCAACAUUAACCCAGAAGGAUCCCAUUACAACGCUGAUGCAGUUAACACUGGUACAGGAAGCUCAGGAACCAGAGAUCCCUCAUCAGUCCAAAGAAGGGAUUUCGGUUUACAUGCUCAUCAAUCGGGUCAAUCUGGGAAUCACUAUAGUAGUGGCUCUAGGCCUCAUGGUGGUGAUGCUACUACUACUAGCUGCAAUGUCUGUGGAAACAGUGGUCAUGUUUCUGCAAACUGUCCAAGUGCUACGACUGAGCCGCAAGGGCAGUACAUGGGUGGCUCUUACGGAGGCGUGUCGGGGAGUUAUGGAGGAGGACUACCUAGGCAACAUGUUGGAAGCUACUGAGAUUCACAAUCAUCAUCUGGUGCUCUCACUCUUUUUUUGGUACACUUUUGGUUUUGGUAGAAUGAACUAUUGCCAGGCUUUUCUGAAGCCAAUUUAGGUUAUCUAUUUAAGCAUAUCAGGUUCUCUUCUUUGGUUUUUGCAAAUAUCAAACUCGUUUUGUGAUUACCUUAUUUAAGUUUCUCUGUGAAUAAUGGUGUUUUCUGCAA